AUGCACGGUAAUGGUGACUCAUCUGUUGUCGAGCAGCGUGUGAGCUCAUUAAAAGAUAAAACUACUGAUACGAAGUCAGAAUAUAAAAAAGAAAAAGUACAAGAACAUUUUACAAAAUUAUUCAAUGGUAUUGUGGUUUUGAGAGUUGACGGUGGUACUGAAGUCAAAAUGAACGAAGACAACGAUCGUAUACCAGACGGCUUCAACGUAAUACGUGUUGCACCCAACGGUGGUAUCACACCUUUGCGUUAUCGCAAAUUAUCGGAAAAUGUCUAUGCUAUCACAUGUAUAAGUGAGUCUUAG